AUGGGGCAUUCAGCUGCUUCACCCUCCCUCCCGCCAUCUGCCGCCUAUCCCCGUCUGGCUGCCUUUUCUUCGUCCUUUUCACCAGACGACGACAAACGACGCAUUUCUCGCUUUCCCCUCUCUCCUCUCCCUCUCCCUCGCCAGUCGCUCCCACCUUUUUCCAGCCUGAGGACGACUGUAGCAUCCAAGCCCACCUCUCAGGACAUGCAGAGUCAUACUGUCUUCCAGAAUAAUCAUACAGGUGGCUCUUUUGUUGCACCCAGCAGCGUUCUUCCUAUCGCCUGCGAAGAGUGUGCCCACACCUGUGCCGAUGCACCCUGUGCGGCAGAGUUGAGGUUGAGCGAGGAAUGUACUGACCAAUGUGUCGUCAUCGCCUGCAACGACACCCAUCAUCCCGUGGCCCAAUGCAACCAGAAUCCACCAAACGGACAUUGCGACGCUCCCUGCCCCCGCGGGGCAGACUGCACCGGAUGGGACGAACUCUUCCAGUGUUGCACCGAUUAUCACGAAUAUUCAUCAGAACAAAAAGGCUUCUCUACCGAUAUGGUGUCCUCCAACAACACAUUCUCAUGGGAUCCAUCCUUUGCUGCCUUACUACGCGGCUGCACCGAUCCUACACACCUAGUGAACCCGCAGCAUAACAGUGGUAAUCUACAUUCCAUCACUUCAAAUUCACCACCAUCACACGCGAUUUUUCAUCAUACCCCUGGCAUAUCGAUGGAUCAUGGAUCAGUAUACACCGCAACAGAGCAUCAAUUUCCGUCCGAUUCUCAGCCGGCUCAAGUAUCCCAGUCCCAGUCGUCGACCUUUUAUGGAUGUCAAUGGGGUGGUUGCUCUGAAACGUUUCCAUCCCUCGAAGAACUUGUCGGACAUGUCAACCUUCAACACUUACGUCUACCCCGCGCAUCUGAUUCUUCGCAUAUUCCGCAAACGCAACAAUCCGUACCAGGCAUUUCAGGUGCUCGUGGAGGGUAUGAUGCUAACGCUCUAGCCUGUAUGUGGGCCGAUUGCCAGAUCUAUCCGACGUCACAGUCUAUCCCCGGAUCUUCGACGAGCAGCUCUGCUGACAACGCGAUAGGUCUGCUAGCAACGCACCUACUCCAAGAUCAUCUUGGAUUGUCCACGCGUUUGCCCAAGACAGAUCGCUCGCCCGCCGACGCGCGAGAGUCCCGCGGUCACACGGCAUUGACGCAUUCUCUUCCGACGCCCUCGACCUUUUCGUCUCCUUCUCCGCACUCCAGUUCACCCACACCUUCGGUGGCCUCUUCCCAUAGGCCGCCGACGCCGCUCCCCGAGCACGAUUGUACCGCACCCUCCGCACACGCAUGCCGUUGGUUUGGGUGUAUGCAGACGUUCUCUUCCUGUGAUGCGCUCACGACUCAUAUUACCGUUGAUCAUGUCGGCGGCGGCCAGCCGUAUGUGUGCGACUUCCCCGGCUGCGGCAAGGCGUUCGCUAUCACCGGUGCGCUCACGAUACACAAGCGGACCCAUAACGGCCACAAGCCAUUCAAAUGUACAUACUGUGACAGGGCAUUCGCGGAGUCAUCCAACCUGUCGAAACACCUUCGGACUCACACUGGUGUGCGGCCGUAUCUGUGCAUGGAGCCCGGGUGCAACAAGUCAUUUGCGCGGCCGGAUCAGCUGGCGAGGCAUCAGAAUGUACACAAGAGGAAGCAGCUUGCGGACAGUGAGGCGGCUUCUGUGGAGGUGCAUUGA